UCGUUUCUUGCCCGUCUCUUCCUCUGUCCCACCCUCCGAAAUAUUGGAGAGAAAGCUUCUUUGCCUUUCCUCUGCCCUUCGCCGACCUCUCUCCUUUCCGGCAGCUCUCCGAUGGUUUCCUCCAGAUGGGUGAGGCCUGAGGUUUUUCCUCUCUUUGCGGCUGUCGGCACAGCUGUUGGCAUCUGUGGCAUGCAGCUGAUCCGGAACAUCUGCAUCAACCCUGAAGUGAGGGUCACAAAGGAAAACAGAGCUGCAGGUGUGCUUGAUAACUUUCAAGAGGGAGAGAAAUAUGCAGAGCAUGGCCUCCGAAAGUUUGUGCGCAACAAAUCCCCCCAGAUCAUGCCAUCUCUGAACAAUUUCUUUUCAGAUCCUAUUUCGGAUGAGUAGUGGCUACUAUCCCAAUUUCUGAUACAUAAUUUCCUUCUUAUCCCAUGAGAUUUUUGAUAUUGGAGGAACUUAUUUACGUUGAUACCGUAAGUGAGCAUUUCAUGUUUUAGUCAUGAACAAUCUAAUCUCAUUUCAUGAAUAAAUUCCUUAAUGACUGGUUUAAUUUUUGAA